ACAUAUGGCAUAGACACCCGUCCUAAGAACAAUAUCGCGAAGAAAGCACUUCUCGAAUGCAAAUGCAUGAUCGGAUGGGUUCUUAGCUCCGAUCCUGUAGUCUCUCCACGGAUCAUGAAGUUGAACGAUAAUUGAAUAGCGAAUUUGCGAGCGCAAUCGAAGAAGAUUCGGAUCAUGGAGGACAAGGGUAAAGGAACGGACAGAUGGAGCGGUGCUGUAGCCAAUCUCACAGAGAUGGCUUCCAAUUUGGAAUCACUCCAGAAGCUUCUACUGAAGAAAGCCGUAUAUGUGGACGACGAGACGUUUGCCAAAGCUUCGUUGUGCUCCGAACAAGCAAGAACGAUCAAGGUUCUCGAACAAAGGGUUGAGACUUUGGAAAGGGAACUUGAUGCUGCCAUCACUGCUGCUGCUCAUGCUCGUUCAGAAAAACGUCAGGCUGAGGCAGCUCAAAAGGCUGCUGAACUACAUGUGAAGGAGGUCACUAGAGAGCUCGAGAACACCACAAAGGUAUUUCAACUGCAUAUGGAUGAAUUGCGGGCAAAGCAAGAGGAAAUUGACAAACGUGAUAAGGAUAUUAAGCUCUUGGAAGCAAUAAUUCAGACUCUUGGUGCCAAUAAAUGACGUUCACAAAUGUGUAAGGAUUUUAUUUUGAUAAUUAGAGCCUUACUUUCCUUUUUUUGUGUAGUGGAGGAUCUGAUUCAUCUUAAUCAAAUUAUGAGCAUAUUUAUAUUC